CCAGAGGCACUCGUGCCCAUCGACGCCCCUAUUCAGACUCGCAAGUACGUCGCGCCGUCGUCAACAUCUCGUAAGGAGGUCCCCGCCACCUUCGCUCGAAAGCGUGCGCGGUCUCAGGCCUUCGGUGACGACGAUGAGUUGGCUGAUCAAGAUGUCGGGGCGUCGUCAUCGUUGACGCCAAACGAGGAGGACGCGAUCAAGGCCAAGCGACUGCAGAACACGCUUGCAGCGCGGCGCUCGAGGAAGCGGAAGUUGGAGUAUCAGAAGGAGCUCGAGGACGCGCUUGAGACGGUGACGAGGGAGAGGGACGAAGCCAGGGGGCGGAACAUGGUGCUGGAGGCGUUGUUGAGGGACAAGGGU